AUGCAAGGAGGAGUCUUUUCUUUCGGUACAUUCAAUCAAGGGCAUCCAGUCUCGGAAUCAUUACUGCACCAUGAUACUGGAACCCUUCCCGAUAACACCACAAGCCGAUCGCACACAAAACUUUUCGGAGAUUCCGUGAUGGUAACCGUUACAGGACAAAACACAUUACAAGCCAAUGAAUUUCAAUUGCCAUUCUUUUUAAAUGAUAUGACUGGAACGGGUGAUGAUUUGAGCUGCUCCUCAAGUGGAUUUAUUGUGUCAAGCGAAAAUGAUUCAUCAUGCUACUUAAUUACAAGUGGUACUAUCAUUGUUCCGUUCGUUCAAAGAACAAAACAGUCAUCAUCCAACCAACCACAACAACAAAUCGAAGAGGAUGUAAAUAAUAUAUCUUUUCAAAACCCAAAUUUGAAAUGCAAAAUAACUUUAACUUUGCCAAACGGAGAAAUGAUCUUUAGUGAGAUUUUACCAUCUCAUGUAAAAAGAUUUGGAAAAACAAAAAAUAUAAUUAAUCAUCAACAAACAUCAAGCCACACCUUCACAAAAGUAGAUAUUCAAUUUUGUGGGUUAUAUUCUCACACGGUGACGGACAAAUAUAUUUAUCAAAUGACAUCUCAGUUGCAUGGAUGGUAUUGGGGACAUCCAUUGGUUAAGAGUAACAACAAAAUUGUACAAGCUUCGCAUUCCUUCUUUGCCGAACCACACUCACAUUUUGAUGACAAAUCCAUGCCCUCUGACUUUAUUUCAAACAGUUUUUUAAAAGUUUCUCCUUCUACGAUAGCAAUUUUCAAAAUUUCAAACGGAGAGGUUGUAAAGAAAUAUUCUGUUGACCUUCCACACAGAAAUUCUAAUUUUGCUAAUUUUUUAAAUCAAGGUGAAGAGUUAUAUGUGGUGUCGUCUCCAUUUGGAUUGCUUUCUCCUCAUUCUCUCAGUAAUCAUUUAUCGAAAGGAAUUAUCAGCAAUAAGAUUAAUAAUUCGUCUAAUAAGCAAAAUUUGGCAAUUUUAACAGAUUGUCAAAUACAUCCAGGUUGUGAGGGAGCUCCAGUGUUUUCUAAAGUGCUCUCACAAACCAAAUGCAUUGGUUUUUGUACGCUUCCAAUAAGAUCACUUGCUUCUAGUACUGGUUUGAAUAUCAUAAUUUCUAUUGAACCAUUUUUAAAUCUUUUUGUUGAAAAAUUUAUUGGAGGCAAGAAAUCGACAAUGAAUACUAAUUUAUUGGCCACAGAGAAUCAAGAAACAUCUAAUGUUUAUCAUACUGUGAGAAAUAAUAUUGUACUGAUAUUGAUUAACAAUACUUGGGCAAGUGGAAUUUUAAUUUCACAAAAUGGUUAUAUUUUAACCAAUUCGCAUGUGAUGGCUCCGUACAUGCAGCAGAAAGGCGAUGCUUGUUAUCUCCCAGAGCAUUUUUCAAUUGUUGUACAAUUAGAUGUUGAUUUACGAGACAAUGAGAAAAACCAUCAAUUUCACAAGGCAGAGUUGGUGUUAUUUUGUAAUACUGGUCCACUGGAUGUGGCUCUUCUUAAAAUUCAUGACACAUGUGCGAGUCAUUGGAUUCAUUCUAAUUUUGAUGAAACUGGAUUCAUAAAGCUAGAAGAAAAUGUAAUGGAAGGAGACGAGGUAUUUGUAGUGGGUUAUCCAUUAAUGCAACCAAUCAAUACUUCUCGCUCUGUCAAACAGUGUACCAUUACAAAAGGGAUAGUUUCUAAAGUUGUAACUCUUGGCAGCAAGAAAGCCAUGAUUUGUACAACGGCUCUCGUUCAUGAUGGUAAUAGUGGUGGUGGCGUUUUCAAUAAGAACGGUUCCUUGAUUGGUCUUGUCACGAGCAAUAUCAAGUACAAAUUAACAGAUCAGAUGUCUGACUACGAGGUCAUUCAAAGACUUGAGACAAGAAUUGGAUCACCUUUUCAAUACUCCAAAUGUUCUGCUUAA